AUGCAUUCUCACUUCUACACUGCUGUCCUCGCGGUGCUUUUCCGCAUUACCCUCUGUGAUACCUUCUACUACGAGGGUAUUAGCAAACAAACGACUUAUAUACUACCCACUAGCGGAGUUCCAACUACAACCGAACCCACUACUUAUGUAUACCCCACAACCACCACAUCUUCAUCAUCAAGCACCUGCGUAUCUCCAACUUUCACCUGGACGGAACCCACUACUGUUCCUACAGACAUACCAAGCUAUGGCAGUUAUCGCAUGGGGAAACGUGCUGACCCUCCCAAGCUCACACCAGACCAAAUCGAGAAACUAAGAAAGCUCAUCCGCAUAUAUGAUGCGAUAGAGAAGGCAAAGCCAGUAAUAGAUAAAGCAAUCGAAGACGGUCUUACUAAGUGUCAAGAUUUCAAGGAUUUAGUUGCUAUUCUCAAAUUGUUCGCGCCUAUUUUUGAUGGACUUCAGGAAUGGCUUGAUGAACGUCAUUUGUGA